GUGCUGUAGAGGCGACUCCGCGGCCACCAGCCCAAGGAAUAACAUCAGCUCCAGCUUCACAAUGAGUUGUUUACUGGCCUUGGCUGCCUGUGGGAACAGCCAAGGAGAGCGGAGGAAGAGGAGAGACAAACACAAUGCGAGCGAGACGCGUUAGGUGGGAGGCUGGGCUUUAGCAGCAGCCCCAGGAUCGCAGACCUAUGGAACCAGAGAGGCUGAAAAUGAAAUAAAGGGGCACCGGCUGCAGCAAAUGAAGCCGCUGAGCUGUUCCUGCUGCCAGAAGAUCCUCGUGGCCAGUGGAAGGGCUUGAUAUUGAAGGAUGAAAGGAUCCAUGAUGGAGCCGUGGUAGCAGAGUGUCCAUCAGCCUCCCUGGAAUGCGUUCCUUCGGGAAGGGACGAGCUCACGGCCUUAUUUUAUGGAUGUCCCUGCAGUAGACUUUGAAGGCCUUUGGAAGCACAUCCCAAACUUGGCAUGGGAAACCACAGCAACAAUCAUACCUGUCUGACAGAUGAUUCCUUCAAGUACAACCUGUAUGGAGCCGUGUACAGCGUGGUUUUCAUCCUUGGCCUGAUCACAAACUGUGCCUCCCUCUUCGUCUUCUGCUUCCGCAUGAGGAUGAGGAGCGAGACCGCCAUCUUCAUGACCAACCUGGCGGUGUCCGACCUGCUCUUCGUGUUCACCUUGCCCUUUAAAAUCUUCUACAACUUCAACAGGCACUGGCCCUUCGGAGACAGCCUGUGCAAGAUUUCUGGCACGGCCUUUCUCACCAACAUCUACGGGAGCAUGUUGUUCCUCACCUGCAUCAGCGUCGACCGGUUCCUCGCCAUCGUGUACCCGUUCCGCUCCCGCACCAUCAGGACCAGGAGGAACUCUGCCAUAGUCUGUGCUGGGGUCUGGAUUCUGGUCCUCAGCGGUGGGAUUUCAGCUUCGCUGUUCUCCACCACCAACGUUUCCAACACCAGCACGACCUGUUUUGAGGGUUUCUCCAAACGUAUCUGGAAAACCUACCUGUCCAAGAUCACCAUAUUUAUUGAGGUGGUGGGGUUCAUCAUUCCCUUGCUCCUCAACCUCACGUGCUCCUCGUUAGUUCUCCGGACUCUGCGGAAACCCGCCACCUUGUCCCAGAUUGGGACAAACAAAGAGAAAGUACUGAAGAUGAUCGUUGUGCACGUGGCCAUUUUUGUCGUGUGCUUCGUGCCCUACAACUCCAUCCUGUUCCUCUACGCCCUGGUCCGGUCCCAGGCCAUCGCCAACUGCUCCCUGGAGAGGUUUGCACGGACCAUGUACCCCAUCACCUUGUGCAUCGCGACCCUGAACUGCUGCUUCGACCCCUUCAUCUACUACUUCACAUCAGAGUCCUUCCAGAAGUCGUUCAACAUAAAAACCCAGAUCAAAAUGGAUUCUCUUUUCAAGACAGAGACACCUCUGACAAAGACGGCGCUGCCGGCGCCGCAGGACGAGCUGAGUGACCAGGCCAUCACCAACGGGGGAGACCCCACCUCUGAAUCCCAUUUCUAGAGAGAUGUUUACACAUGGAGUUAUCCCCCAUUAACUCUUGAUUGACACCCCGUGUGGGAGGGCUGCUCCACAACAGUGGGUUCACACGUGGUGUCGAUGAAGAAAAGCUGCUGGGGGACGACUGCACCCCCAGACAAACCCUCACCCAGGGAUGGUCCCGUCGGACUCAACGGCUGAACACGAAAUACAAAAAUCCCAAUGGGUCUCCCUCUGGAGACCGUGGAUAGGCAACAACACGUGCACCAACCGAGGAGGAAACAGAACAACUCGAAUCCCAAAAUGCCGACAUUUGGCAUUCUUCUCCCCCGGCAGUUGACGUGGGGACCGGUUGGGAAAUAGAAAAUUUCAUUUUCCUGGAGAUUCCUGCCAAUAUUUCCUGGCUUCUGGAGAUGCAUCAUCGUAUGUUAACUCAGUAACUUCACACAAUAUGUAUGUUUGCUUAAAAAGGCAUAAUAAAAGCUUGUGGCUUUUCCUUAUUCCACUGCAAGAGUGUGCAGCCUGGUUUUCCUAGAGACAGGAAUUUACUGUGUGGAGAAGUUUGAAGUGUAAAUAACUGUUUUGAAAGUAGGCAGAAGAGUUGCUUGGUGACAGAAGAGAAAAGUAAUAAGAGAAAACAUAAUUAAUAAUGCAGUGUUGAAAUAAGUUUCAUUUUUGCAAGAUUAAGCUGCCUUUUAAUUUAUUUUAAAUUUAAAUGCCACCUCAAGGGAGAAGGAAAGAGUGAAAAGUUCUGUUGCACCUGGGGUUUUGUAUUCAGGGGAUUAUAUAUGAUUAUUUCUGAGAAGGGCUGGGCUAUACAAAGUCAGCUGGAAAAGGGCCUGAACCCCAGAAUUCUUCCAAGGGCAAAGCUCUUGUGUGGAAACCAAGAGCAGCUGAAGGACCACGGAGCAGUGACCUCACUGGAUUAUGGACAACUGGUGUCAGAGCAGCCAAAUAGGAGAAAAUCUUGUGAGUGGUUGCUUAAUCGGUUUUGCUACACAGUCAGUUAAUUAAAAGGGCUCAAAGUAACUCCCCAAAAACAGUAAAUCAAUUUGCUGCACUCUUUUCUUAGUUGGUUACAGCAACAUUGUCUUGUUUUCCAAUUCAUAUAUUCCAUUUCCUUUUAUAGAUGUCAGAAAAAUACAGAAAGUUAACUGUCUGCAGUCAUUCCAUUUGAUCAGAUGGUUCAUUUCUCCAGCUAUUGGUUCAUAGCUGAAGCUCUGCUGACCUACACAGGCUGAUUCAUUCUUAAGUAUGAGAUGCACAAAUGGGGAAAACAAUUUAAAUUGGACAAAGUAUAAAGUUACAGCUUAUUAGAUCAGCAAUCGACCUUUUCCACAGGACAGCAUAAAGCUACUUCUAAGACUAUGCUGCCAAAAAAAAGAAAGACUAAGUAUUAAUUGAACAGAUGUUUUCCACUCAACUGUGUUUUAAGUGUCUGUGCUGAAGCCUCGUGAGAUGUGAGAGCUGCACGUCCAAUGUGAUCACUACUCAAAGCUACAGAGGUUUAAGUGUGAAAAGAAUUCAGCUGUAAAAUAUGUUAAUGCUUUGAAGGGAAUAUUUAUUUAGCACUGCAUUCACUUUGAAUAAAGAAGUCAGUUGCUUACCAAGGCUGACAGACCCCAGAAACAAUCCUAUUUCAGCCCUGAAGUGUCACUUAUUGGCUCUUACUGGAGAAACAGUGUUUGAUCAACUCCUUGUAUAGAGAGAGUGUGAGAGCAGCCAAAAUAUUCUGUAUCAUUACACAUCUCUCAGUUCCAAGUUACAGUGAGAUUUGCUGAAAACUUGCACACAAGUUUCCAGCAAAGACUGGCUGGGGAGGGUUUUGCUGCAUAUUAAACCCUCAGAUGAGUACUUUGAAGCAGAAAAAUGUGAAAACAAGGAAAGAUCUUUCACCCAAGUUGGUGGAUGAGGUCGAUGUGGCAGGACAAGGGAAUUUCUCAGCAGCUGGGAAGGGUUUGCCUCAAGCAGAAGGAGGAACUGGACUUUAAGAAGCAGCAAUAUUUGCCAUUUAACCAAGGCAAAGUGUCAGGCAGUGCCCUGUCCCUUUCCUACCAGACCCAAACCCUUCAGGGGGAUUUUUCAAAUCCAUAUUUCCUUUGGCUGGUGAGCCCGUUCCAACACUCCCCACAAAGUGUCUGCACUGCAGAGGAGCUGCUUCUGUGACUUCACAUCAAAAGGCAGAGUGAGGCCAGAGGGAUUUUUCAGGUUUCCAUCCUGGGAGGGUGUUCCAUGUGCAGCAAACCAUCCUUCACCCCAAACCAUCCUUCACCCCAAACCAUCCUUCACCCUGGGAGAAGAGGAGGGUUGUGGAGCCACCGACAACUCUGACACAUCCCAAACUGGGUGAGAGAUGGGACACCCUCUUCCACCACCCCACCAAUAAAUGGUUGUUAAAAUCGUG